AAACUACUGGCAAUACACCUCAUGACAGGUCACCUAUUCAUCCGCACACUGUCCUCCUGCAGCUCUACUCAAUUCAACGCUUUUGAACAUGCAGAUUUGCUCCGGCGAAAAUUCUCAGCCAGCUCAGAACUCCUCCUCCAUCCCCUAGUCACCAGUCGCCAGUCCCCAUAUUUCAGUAGUAGCUGAAAAAACUAACAAACCCAUCAUCAAUGAACCUCAAGAUCUCUCAACACAACCCCCCAUCCUUCCAAUUCAUUCCAUUCAAAAUUUAGUAUCACAUCAUCUAAUACUUCUCUCUCUGAUUCAACGAGGAUCAUGGCAUCAAUUCCGCGACCCUUAAAUGAAUCUUGGGAUACCAUGCUUCCCGGUCCACCUUCUCGCAACAAUGGCGGUGCCGCCGACCUAUCUCCCGCCGGUCUCCUUGCUUACGCCGCCGGCAGCUCUGUAUCCAUUGUGGAUACCCAUUCUAUGCAGUUAGUCGCCACAAUUCCUCUCCCUCCUCCAUCUACUGCUGCUACCUCUGCUACUCCUUCCCUCUCCCCUUUCGUCACCUCCGUCCGCUGGUCCCCGCAGCCUCUGCCCCACCAGCUCCUCUCCCCAGAUUCUCUCAACCACCUCCUUCUCGCCGUCGGUGAUCGCCAGGGCCGCAUCUCCCUCCUCGAUUUCCGCUCUAAAUCCACCAUCCUUAACUUCGAAACUGAUGCUGCUACUUCCAAGCUCGGUAUCCAGGACCUUUGCUGGAUCCAGACCCGAAUUGAUUCCUGGAUCCUGGCGGCUCUGUCCGGACCCUCUCUGCUCUCUCUCUACAGUACCAUUUCCGGUCGUUGCUUCUUCAAAUAUGACGCCUCCCCAGAGUUCUUCUCGUGUAUCCGCGGAGACCCUUUCGACCGUCGACAUUUCUGUGCAUUGGGUCUAAAGGGAUUUCUUCUGUCUGGAACAGUUUUAGGGGACACCGAAAACGAUGUAGUUGUAAAGGAGCUUCAGAUUCGUACGGAGACCUCUGAAUUGCAGAGGCUAGAAAGGGAUUCCAGUAGCGGUGCAGGGGGGAAUGGGGCUCCCGCGUUGGCCGUUUUCCCUACCUAUAUGGUGAGAUUCGCAUUUUCAUGGCAUUGGAAGCAUAUACUGUAUGUGGUGUUUCCGAGGGAGUUGGUGGUUUUUGAUUUGCAGUAUGAGACAGAAUUAUCUAUGGCUGCAUUGCCCAGGGGAUGUGGGAAGUUUUUAGAUGUCUUGGCAGACUCAAACAUGGAAGUGUUUUAUUGUGCUCAUGUUGAUGGUAAAGUGAGUACAUGGAGGAGGAAAGGAGGAGAGCAGGUGCACAUCAUGUGUAUGAUGGAAGAAUUGAUGCCCUCAGUCGGGACACCGGUUCCUUCUCCCUCAAUUCUUGCAGUUGUGGUCUCCCAAACAGAUUCCACCCUCCAAAAUAUCAGCAAGCUUUGCUCUGAUGUACACAGCUCAUUUGCUGUGGAUUUUAAUAAUCCCUUUGAUUUUUGUGAUGAAUCUCUCGUUAUCUCAAAGACAAAUAUGAUAUCCAUAUCUGAUGAUGGCAAAAUAUGGAAAUGGCUCCUAACUGCUGAAGGAUUUGGUGAUGGAUCAACUAAUUCAGGCCCUGUCAAAGACAAAGAUCUUCUUGAGGCAAAUGGUGGGACAGCAGCGCCUUCUGCUGAUGAUGAUCCAUUGAAUGUGGUUGGCCCAUCAAAUGAUGUCAAUAGCCAUAGGAUUAGUCCAUCUAAUCCAACUAUCAGCCAAGAAGAAGUGUUAUUAAAGAUUAACCUAGUUGGACAGCUUCAUCUCCUUUCUUCAACUGUUACCAUGCUUGCUGUGCCAUCCCCUUCCUUAACAGCCACUUUGGCACGUGGUGGAAACCUUCCUGCUGUGGCUGUUCCACUUGUUGCUUUGGGAACCCAAAGUGGUUCUAUUGAGGUCAUUGAUGUCUCCGCAAAUGCUGUAGCUGCUAGUUUUUCUGUUCAUAACAGUGUGGUUAGGGGAUUGCGAUGGCUUGGAAAUUCUAGGCUGGUAUCCUUCUCUUAUAUCCAGGGGACAGAAAAAACUGGAGGCUUUAUUAACAAGCUUGUUGUGACUUGUGUUAGAAGUGGCCUUAAUCGAACAUUCCGAGUGAUGCAAAAGCCAGAGCGUGCACCUAUAAGAGCUCUAAGGGCAUCUUCUUCUGGAAGGUAUCUAUUAAUAUUGUUUCGUGAUGCACCUGUGGAGGUUUGGGCAAUGACUAAGACUCCAAUUAUGCUGAGGUCAUUAGCUCUUCCAUUUACUGUAGUGGAAUGGACACUUCCAACAGUUCCGAGGCCAACUCAGAAUGGACCAUCAAAGUCCUCGUCAGUAUCAUCCAAAGACCAGGCAGCUAUCCUGCCAGCUGGGACAUCUUCCCCUAUGGCAUCUUCUGCAGAAUCCAAGGGAGCAUCUGCAGAUGGCGCUCAAGAUGAAUUUUCAGAAAGUUUUGCUUUCGCUUUGGUAAACGGUGCACUUGGUGUUUUUGAGGUUCAUGGCCGAAGGAUCCGAGACUUUAGACCAAAGUGGCCUACUUCUACAUUUGUGACAUCUGAUGGGUUGAUUACAGCAAUGGCAUAUCGCCUGCCUCAUGUUGUCAUGGGGGACAGGUCAGGAAACAUUCGUUGGUGGGAUGUGACUACUGGCCAGUCAUCGUCAUUUAACACUCACAGGGAAGGAAUUCGCAGGAUUAAGUUUUCACCUGUUGUUCUUGGAGAUCGUAGCCGAGGACGUAUUGCUGUUCUCUUUUAUGACAACACAUUUUCUGUAUUUGACCUUGAUUCACCUGAUCCAUUAGCCAAUUCCCUUCUACAACCUCAAUUUCCUGGAACACUAGUUUUGGAACUGGACUGGUUGCCUGUGCGGAUUGAGAAGAAUGAUCCGCUAGUAUUGUGCAUUGCUGGAGCCGAUAGCAGCUUCCGCCUUGUGGAAGUUAAAUUAAGUGACAGAAAAGUGGGCUAUGAAUCCCAGAAUCGAAGUAUUAAAGAAAGAUUCCGUCCUGUCCCUCUUUGUUCACCCAUAUUGUUACCUACACCACAUGCCCUAGCAUUGAGGAUGAUCUUGCAAUUGGGUGUAAAACCCUCAUGGUUUAAUGCAUUUUAUUCAACCAUGGAAAAUGCAGAUUACCAUGUUCAAACUCCGUCAACUACAGAUCUCCGUAGCUAUAUGAUGGAUUCACCUCGUGUAGGUGACUCUGUAGUGCCAGAGAUGCUCCUAAAGGUGUUGGAGCCUUACCGCAAAGAAGGCUGCAUACUUGAUGAUGAGAGGGCAAGAUUAUAUGCUAGUGUAGUCAACAAAGGUUCUGCACUGCGGUUUGCUUUUGCUGCUGCAAUCUUUGGCGAUUUCAUGGAAGCACUUUUCUGGCUGCAACUUCCCAAUGCCCUUAACCACUUGAUGAAUAAAUUGGUAAAAAAGUCUCCAACAAGAGUCCCAGUACCAUCCUCGACUUCGACUGUGGAGCUCGAUGAGGAAUCAAUGCUCAGCAGGAUAUCCUCAAAAGGGAAAUCAGUACCUGGAGAUGCAGGAAAGACAAAAGGUCAACUAAGGUUGAUGGCUUUUGAACAACAAGAAUUGUGGGAUAGUGCUAGUGAGCGUAUCCCUUGGCAUGAGAAAUUGGAUGGCGAAGAGGCCAUUCAGAACCGAGUACAUGAACUCGUCUCAAUUGGCAACCUAGAAGCUGCUGUCAGUUUGUUGCUUUCCACUUCUCCUGAGAGUUCUUACUUCUAUCCAAAUGCUCUGCGUGCUAUUGCUCUUUCAUCUGCAGUGUCAAGAUCUUUGCUUGAGCUGGCUUUAAAGGUUGUUGCAGCAAAUAUGGUCAGAACAGACAGGUCAUUGUCCGGAAUGCAUUUGCUUUGUGCUGUUGGAAGGUAUCAGGAAGCUUGUUCCCAGCUACAAGAUGCUGGGUGCUGGACUGAUGCUGCAACACUAGCUGCAACACAUUUGAAAGGGUCUGAUUAUGCAAGGGUUCUGCAGAGGUGGGCUGAACAUGUUCUUCGUGCUGAACAUAAAAUUUGGAGGGCUCUGAUUUUGUACGUUUCAGCUGGUUCAUUGCAAGAUGCACUUGCAGCACUUCGCGAGGCACAACAACCAGACACAGCUGCCAUGUUCAUUCUUGCAUGCCGCGAAAUUCAUGCUGAUUUCAUAUCCAGCUUGGGUUCAGAUGAAGAAUCCAGUUCUUUGAUGAAGGAUAAAUUGCCUUACCUGCCAGGAUUGAAUCCCGAGAAUGAAGAUGUUCUUGCAGUUGGUGAAUAUUAUGGACAGUAUCAAAGAAAACUAGUACAUAUGUGCAUGGAUUCACAGCCCUUUUCUGAUUGAAUGAACUAAUCUGGCAUCGGUUUUUCUUCAUCUCUUGGAUGACUGACCAGAAAGAUUAUAUCCCCGGUUAAGCAAGUUCUUUUGCAUGAUAAGGUGGUUCAAAUCAUAGUGCCAUUGUGCUGGCUCCACUGAAGCCGGAGACUGCAAAAUCUCAGCCAACAGAUCAAAGAUAUUGUGUGCGCUUUACUGAAAAUUUCACCUGAAUUAUGGGAGUCGUUCUUAAGCAGAUUCAUUGGUUUCACCAACAAAAAUCAUUGGUUUGGUUAAGAGGGCAUUAUUGUUCUAGCCCUGCAGCCAAGAGCAUUCAUCUGUACCAUAAAAGCAAGCGCCUGUAUGCCAAAGAUGUAAUUAUUCCGGUUAGGUUGUCAGAGAGGAUGUAAUUUUUUUACCGACACUUCGUGAAUACUUUUAAAUCUAUCAAGUCAUACCACCGAGUUUGAACCGCGCAUACAAUUGUAUCAAAAUUUUACUGUGAUCGGCAGUAUGGUAACCCCUGAAUGAAAGGUCCUAUACUGCUGCAUCUUAGUUUUACAUGAUCAUUAUUUUGAUUUUUGCCAGUCCGCAAAUCACUGCCAAUUAUUGUUGUAAAACAUCAUUGUCAUAUACAUACAUACGCAUAUAUGUA